AGCAGACAGGUCAUGAAACCGCUCCCUUUUAUUUGACACAUACUCUUAGGCCAGUCCUCUUUAUUAUCUAUACGCACACAUUCUCGAUUCUACUUUUUUCAUUUCAAUUCAAGCAUCCUAUUCUUUUUAAUGACUUUUUGGAAAACCGGGAUGUAAGCAGACAGGUCGUUCCGUUCCACCGCCGCUAUGCAGAGCCCCAGGAAGGAACACCUGUAUAAGGUUCUGGUUAUUGGAGACCUCGGGGUCGGUAAGACUUCCAUCAUAAAGCGUUAUGUCCACCAAACUUACUCAACCAACUACCGCGCUACCAUCGGGGUGGACUUUGCUCUAAAGGUGCUCAACUGGGAUUCUGAGACCGUCCGUCUUCAGCUAUGGGACAUUGCAGGCCAGGAGCGGUUUGGCAACAUGACGCGCGUGUACUACCGCGAGGCCAUGGGUGCAUUCAUUGUGUUCGACGUGACGCGGCCCACCACGUUCGAGGCAGUUGCCAAGUGGAAAGAGGACCUGGAUUCCAAGCUGAUGCUAGCCAAUGGACAGAGCAUCGCAACGGUGCUGCUGGCCAACAAGUGUGACCAGGGCAGGGAUGUGCUCACCAACAACGCCAUCAAGAUGGACCAGUUCUGCAAGGACCAUGGUUUUGUGGGCUGGUUCGAGACCUCUGCCAAGGAGAACGUCAAUAUCAACGAAGCAGCCAACUUCUUGGUGAAGCACAUCAUGUCCACAGAAAAUGACAUCCUGAAGUCAGUGGUCCCAGACACCAUCUCCCCACAGCUCAACUCCACCAAGCAAGUCAAUUGCUCUGCCUGCUUCAAACCCUAGAGGGUGCUACUGACAGCUGGGGUUGGCGAGAUGGGGUCAGGGGUAAGAAAGAAAACCCAGAAACACUUUGACAAGGGUAGGUUUCGGUGGAGUGGAGGGCAGGGCAGGGUUGGAUGGCAGAAGGCCCAGGUGAGCAGAGUGGUCAUACAGAUCCCCUCCAUGAUCAUGUAUGUAAAGUGGCCGACUCACCUGGCCUCUCUGUAGGCUGAGGCCAGAACAAUCAGGCGGCCAAAACAUCCAUCAUCCAAGCCUCACUCCAUCUUCUCCCCGACAUCAGACAUUUACCCCUCCUUCAUCUCCUGUCAUCAUGCUCCUUUCCUCCACUACACCUCUCUCCUCUUCACCCCUCCUGUUCAUUGAUAACGGGACCCUGGACUGCUCAGAACAUUUCCUUUCUGAGGAGACAAAUGGACUGGUCUUUUACAAAACUUUAAAUUAAUUCAUAAUUCUUGUUACUAUUGUCAUGUGAGAAUGUUGCACAAAGGUGUUUUUUUAUGUUUAGAAAAUAUACUUGUCUAGCAGUAUUAGGAUCUGUGGUUGUGGUCAACACUGUGGUUGGAGGAUAUGGGAUUAUCUGUAUGGUCCAUGCUAUGAAGCAUAGAGGCUGAAGUUCUAAAUUAAUUAAAUAAUUAUUCAAGUUCCCGGAAUCAAUUCAUAUUAAAUCAUCCCCAAUAACAAUACAUUCCAUUCUACCAAAACAAAGAAAAUGCUUUUUGGCAAUUUCCUUAAGAGGUCAUUUAGUGAGUCAAGCCCUUUCUGUAGUAAGUCCUUUGGUAUCCAUGGUGACAGAUUUAAAUCUUGUGAUGGCUUUUUUUCCUGUCUGCUGAGGUAGAACAGGGCGUUCAAUGUGCAGUACAUUUUCUGAAAUGUUUGCACAGGCUGUACACACACACACAUUCCCGCACACCUUCACACACACACAGAUACACACACUUUCAUGACAUUGAGGGGGUGUGAGCCUGUGGAUAGCGAAAGCUAACAGGAGACGAAACGCCGCUUCUUACAUGGAACCGUCGUCUCUUCCUCCUCUCAGUUCUUUCCAUCUCUCAUCCUCUUUCACCUUACCCCCCCCCCCUUCCCUGUCUUCAUUUUGUUCGACCCAAGCUAGACUCUGUUACUCCUUUCCACCGUCUUUUUGCUAAUAGUUUCUCUCCUCCUCUUUUUGUGACAUCUCUCCAGCUCCAAUCUCUUUCCCCCUUCUCUCUCCUCGGACCCUCUCUGCCCUCGGAUUGUCUAAUAAACACACCCUUUUCCCUCCUCUGACCAAUCUCUCUCCUUAUGAACAUACAUAUAUAUAUACAUAUAUAUACAUAUACACACACAUGUAGAUAUACCUAUAUAUGUAUACAUAUACAC